AUGAAGUGGUUUCCUCUCCUCCUCCAAGCUGGGCUCUCCCAAGCCGCCCUUCGAUUCGGAUGCUCGACUGUAUCAAUCCAGCGAUUAGAUCCGCUUGUCGAGCCUGCUCGCAUCCCUUCAGCCCACGUUCAUCAGAUUGUCGGCGGAAAUGCCUUUAAUGCGACUAUGGAAGGGGAUAUUGGCGAGCAGGGAAGUUGCACGACAUGCGCCUACACUGAGGAUUUCUCCAACUACUGGACGGCGGUGAUGUACUUCAGGCAUGAGAACGGUUCUUACAAGCGGGUGCCGCAAUAUCCGAAUGCUCAGCUGGGUACUGAGGGCCAAGACGCGCCCGACAUCAACGGUGGCAUGACGAUCUACUACACUCAGAAGGACUUCAGUGGCAACGGUGACAAGUAUAUCACCGCUUUCAAACCCGGGUUCCGCAUGACAGUCGGCAGUCCCGCAACGAACACCCUCGCGGAAGCAAAAGCAAACCCAGGCCUCCGAUACACGUGCCUGCAGACAAUCCUGACCCGGGGCAGCGAGACUCCCGAUUUCCCCAGCAAACCGUGCCCCGCCGGCAUCAUGGCCAUUCACCACUUCCCCUCGUGCUGGGACGGCAAGAAUGUCGACAGCCCCGAUCACCAAUCUCACAUGUACAGCACGACCAAAGGAGCGUUCGCCGAGGCCGGUCCUUGUCCCGAUUCCCACCCGGUCCGGGUACCGCAGAUUGCGUAUGAAACAAUGUGGCAAACGCAGCUGUUCGAAGAUAUGUGGCCGAAAGACGGAUCUCAGCCUUUUGUUUGGUCCUAUAUGGAUAGUCAGGGGUAUGGGACUCACGCGGAUUACGUGUUUGGGUGGAAGGGAGAUUCUCUACAGCGUGCCAUGAAUGAUUCCUGCAUGUUUCACGCGUGUGGGAGUCCGGGGGCGCCGGGAAUACUGAAAACCCAGUCUGUUGCUGAUAUGAACAAGUGUUCGGUGAAGAGCACUGUUGCCGAGGACACGGAGGGUUGGCUUUCGGAGCUUCCGGGCCAGACGGCGGGGCAGAUGCCGGGGAUGACGGGAAUGAGGUUUACGGCUUGA